AUGGCCGACAUUCGCGUGAAGGGCAACUGGAGAGAACCCGGCACGAAGCGUAGCGACGUCGAUGCGUCAGGGAUCGGUGAGCAGCGAUGGAGUGGAAAGUCGCGUAUAGUGGGUGAUAUGCAUAAAGGUGCUGUUGUGGCAGGUUGCCCACAAAAAAGCAUUGAUUACACUCCAACAGCCUGUGCUGAAAAAGAAACAAUCACUGAAAAAGCAUCUAGAAGUGCAGGACCAGUACUGAAAGCUACCACAAUCAAAGCCGGACCCAGUAAGGAGCCUUCUAAAAAAAGGAAAACGAGGAUUAGUGGAAACCGAUGAAACACGAGAUUUAUCAAUAACAGAGCUCCAACGUCUCGUUUUACUUGAAAACUAGUGUUUCGGCUCUCUAAGGAACUGCUACUUCACAAGAAAAAUAUUAAUGAAUCUGAUAAAAUUUAUCAACUUUAAAUGAAAGUGCAGAAACUGGAAAUCCAAUUUUCAUGAGCCUAUUUCCAGGAUAGAACUGACAGAAAUACU